AUGUGCAUUGUUAGCAGAGAGUUCGUCCCCGCUGGGAACCAGGUAAAAGUAAGAUCAUGGGAGUCCGAACUAAGAGCUCAGCGCACGCGCGGCAGCGGCGCGAGGGCAGAUCGCGGUGAGGAAGAACCUGCUGGAAGGCGCCAGCUCGUCUGCUGUGACGCAACACCACUGGCCCCGUCGCUGUUGUUCGUGCCGCUCCUGGUGUCCGCGCUGUGUGCGCCGACCUGGGGGCGCUUCGUGGCCGCCGACGGCUCGCUGACGACCACCACCACGGAGGGCCCGCCACAGCCGUACAGCUUCGUCUACGUGGCCGGCCGCUACCCCGGACACAUCGACCGCACCCACAACGAGGAGAGCGACGGCUCCGGCGUCGUCAGGGGUUCGUUCGCCUAUAUCGACCCGCGGUACCAGGUGCGCACGGUUGAGUACACGGCGGACAAGCAGGGCUUCCACCCAAUCGUGAGCCUGCCCGUGGCAGACACGCCGACCGUGGCGGCCGCCAAGCAGAAACACGCUGAGCAGUACGCACGCAUCGCCGCCGAGCACCAGCGCAUCGCCGCCGAGCGGGAAGCACUGCUACCGCAGCAGCCACAGCACGACGGCGACUACAACGCCAUCGCCGGUGCGCACCAAAAUUACUGAGCAGAGAUAAAAUUGUACCUGUCGCAGUGCAACCAACUGCUGAACCAAAAAUUUUUGCUUCUAUUGACAUAAGGGAAAUAAAACUCGUUUACAGUAUAAGUAUCAUUAUUGCUGCUAAUUGUAAUAAUGCAGGCAAACUAAAGUAUUUAAUUACAUUUACAAUGACAUUAAUUUUCUUGUACUGAUGUAGCUGAGUUUACAAUUCGCUAUUAAAAUAUCAACAUUUCCUGCAGCUGUAGCUGACAUAAAUUGGUUUCCAUGUAAAUUAUUUUUGAUUUCAUCCUCAUGCAAUGGAUUUGCAAGUAAGGCUAUUAAACAACGAUUGUGGGCUUGGAAUACUCAACAGCAACGUUAAGUGCUAAACAGUGGUUCAACAUCAAAUGUUUAAUCGAUUUCGUUGAUUUAAAAUACAGAUUUGAAGCCUGACAGAAUUGUAAAAUUUUGGAAGGAAAUUUUGGGUAGGAAAACAUCUGGUUCACAGACAUUCCAUUGAAAGACGUUAUAUUAAGACUGUUGUACACUGACAUUCUACUUAUACUAUAGUGAUGUACUGAAUUAUUUUAAAUUAAAGUUUACUAAACAGUU